ACUUCUUAAUUACUCAAGGUCAAAAAAGGAAGUGGGAAUGCCAUCACUCUCUGGAUUAGACCCAGCUGAAGACACAGUACUGUCACAAUCACCCAGGGUAAGCGACAGAGUGUACGUUGAAGAACCUCUGAUAUCUGAGCUGGUGUUAGUCUGUGAUGCUGAACUCAGAAUGAAGGUCCUCCUCAUCUUCACCCUCUUCCUGAUUUCAGUAGGUGGAGGAGAAUCAGGGAGAGUGAUGGGAUAUUCAGGAGGAGGAGUCCUCAUCAAUUGUAGAUAUGAGACACGAUACACAUCAAACCCAAAAUACCUCUGUAAGGGUCCAUGGUCAAACUGUGGUGACAGGAUCAAGACCGGAGUUAAAAAUAAGUGGACAAAUAGAGGAAGAUUCUCACUGUUUGACGACACCAGAGCUGCACAGUUCUGGGUGGUGAUCAGGGAGCUCACUGUAGAGGAUUCUGGAACGUACAAGUGUGGAGUUGAUUUAGAUUUGGCCAUUGACAUCUACAAACCAGUGGAACUGAAUGUAGAGGAAGAUCUGUCCUACGAGAAGAGCAUCAGUGUGACUGGCCAUGGAGGAGGAGGUGUGAACAUCAGCUGCAAAUACCCACAAUCCCACAGCAGUGACCCCAAGUUUCUCUGUAGGAGAUUGGGCAUUGUUAACUGUAGUCAUAAAACAUCAGUUAAGGAGAGCAGAAGAUGGAUAAAUGAGGGAAAACUGAUUCUACAUGAUGAUGGAAAGCAGAUCUUCACUGUGGUCAUCAACCAUCUGACUGAGGGAGACUCUGGUGAAUACUGGUGUGGAGCUGAAUCAGACUGGACAUCUGACCAUGGAUACAAGGUCUAUAUCACCCAGAUCAACCUCACAGUUACUGAAGCACCAGCAACAUCACCAUCAAGCUCAACUCCACAGAGCACAGAAACACCCUCCUCUACAACUACAGUGAUUCCCUCAUUUAAGACUUCAACGGUUUCCUCUGUAAUCACUGUUGUGUCUGUGGUUGUGAUGCUACUUCUGAUUGGACUCUUAAUCUUCAUAGUUACAUUUCGAAAGAGACGCAAGACUCAAGGUCUAGAAACAAACACACAAUUUUCCAGAGAAAGUACUGGGAACUUUGAAAAUGAUCCAACUUCAUGUUCUCUUCAACCAACAAAAAACACCAACCAAUCAGAUUCAGCCUACCAGAGUCUAGACCCCACCACUACCCAAUCAGAUUCAGCCUACCAGAGUCUAGACCCCACCACUAACCAAUCAGUGUCAGCCUACCAGAAUCUAGACCCCACCACUAACCAAUCAGAUUCAGCCUACCAGAGUCUAGACCCCACCACUAACCAAUCAGUGUCAGCCUACCAGAAUCUAGACCCCACCACUACCCAAUCAGAUUCAGCCUACCAGAGUCUAGACCCCACCACUAACCAAUCAGUGUCAGCCUACCAGAAUCUAGACCCCACCACUAACCAAUCAGAUUCAGCCUACCAGAGUCUAGACCCCACCACUAACCAAUCAGUGUCAGCCUACCAGAAUCUAGACCCCACCACUAACCAAUCAGAUUCAGCCUACCAGAGUCUAGACCCCAACACCACCCAAUCAGAUUCAGUUUACCACAGUCUAAACCCCAACACAAACCAAUCAGAUUCAGUCUACCACAGUCUAAACCCCACCACUACCCAAUUCGAUUCAGCCUAUCAGAGUCUAAACCCCAACACAAACCAAUCAGAUUCAGUCUACCACAGUCUAAACCCAAACACAAACCAAUCCGAUUCAGUCUAACAGAAUCAAACCCCCAACACCAAUCAGAAUUAAUCUUACAGUAUCUAAACCCAACCACAAACAAUUCGAAUCAGACUCCCAAAGCCUGACCCAUCAGCUGACCGAUUACACUCAGUCUACCAGAGGCUAAACUUCUGCAGCAACUUAACACAAUCAUUGACUCUACGUACAGACUGAGCAAAUGGUCAGUGUGGUUGUGAUGCUUCUACACUUGAUACAUCUUCGCUUGGUCAACUUGUCAUAUUUUAUUAUUUGUUUUUCAAUUUUUCUAUAUUUUUAUACCUUUUUCAACAUUGAUUCAUCUUUAUCUUUGAUCGCCUGUUUGCUGGAAUUCUUAAACUUUUAUGACUUUUCUUUAGAUUGUGAUUAUUAAAUGUGUUUGUCUUUGGCUGUAUUUUCCUUUUUACAUAUAUCAACGCCUAACAAGAGAUUUAUUACAAUCAUAUUAUGCUGCAACAAGCAAAAUGAGAAUAGGGUGUGUUGAGCUGGACAUUCAUCAUGGGACAUAUUUAAUAAAAAAGUAAUCUUCUAAAAUAGUUUAACCUUUAAAAUAAUGUUUUAUUUGUUAACU